AAAAGUACUUCAGAAAUGGAUAUAUACUCAGGAAUGGACGUGGCCUCCCUCCAGGAGAAGUUGAUUGGCUGCUACGAUUACAAGGAGAGGACAAAGAUCCGCGCAGCCAUAAAGGAACUCCAGAACCCAGGAAACAGUGGAAUCAAGACAUACUCCUUCAGCCAAAAAUACAAACGUAAAUCCGGGUCAAGUUCCUCACCAUUAGGCUCUCCACUCCUCUUGCCAAAAUCUCCACUCUUAUCGCCAAAAGAUUUCUCAUCCCGACAUUUCCAGGAUGGACUCGCUGUUCCAUCCAAGUCAUAUAUAAAAUCUCCUGUUGGUAAAGGUGAUGUCACAAAGAAGGAGAGGAAAAAAUCAUGGAAGGAAGCGUUGAAAGACGUCAUUGAACGUCAGACGAAGCGGAAUUCAAUCAGGAAAGAGAGGAUGUCAAGCAGCUCUUCAGACGGUGGAGGAAUAAAAGGAGCAGAUAAUGUUUUUGUGUCCAGUCCUGUGGAUAAAACUUUUAAGAGUUACUUAUUUGCUGGAAAUAUAAACUCUCACAAAGGGGAGGGAGAUCUGUUGCACAGCGAAAGUAAUUUGCGGAAAAAAUUUCGUCUGAAAUCUGACGGCUCAGAUUCGGAGACUGACAAACAGGAUGCGAGUCGUACAGCCAGUGUGUACAGCAGUAGAUGGUCUCGCCUGAAAUCAGAAGAGGCUCACACAAAUUCCAGCCCAAGGAAUUUACAGAUAUCUGGUAAAAGUCUGCAGGAGACAAAUUCGGCUCCAAACAGGAAAAUGAGACUCAAGUCUGACGGAACACCACCAAGUUCUCCUCCACACAAAGUGAAGGUAGCAUAUCACACAUCUGAUGACAAUUUUUCGGAGGUGUCAUAUUCAAGCCAAGCAACGUCCUGUAAAAGUGUGGAUUCUGGGUAUAGCUCAGUGUCAGACAGGUCAAUUUCUCAGAGAGACAGUCGUGAACAUCAGUCUGAUGACAAGAUGCCUGCAGGGAGUUACAAGGCAAGGAUAGCUCGGUACAGAUCGCAGGACACUGGGCGAGAAGAACCAACUAAAUAUGUGAGUAAGACAAUAUGGCGGUCAUCUCUACAGGAAGGCAGUGAUGACUCUGUGUGUAAGAGGGAGGCAGGUCCUUCCGAUCGUGUCAGCAAAAAGCCACCUCCAUCUCAGAGAAAAAUAUCUCGUAUCAAAUCUGAUGAAAACUUAUUGGAUGAACCAAGAGAAAUGAGGAAAACUUCAAGUUUACAAAAUGGUGAAAUGUCCUCCAGUGCAGAUGUCCGUGUUUCUCCGACUGAACGGAAAAUGAUGCGUGUGAAAUCGGACAGCAACUUGUUGAACUGUCACCUGACCACUCGAACAGUGAAUCGAGCAUCAUUGUUGGAUCAAGAACGUGAUCAAACACCAUCGUUCUCAAGGCUUGAGGAUAAAACAACAAGGAUCACAGACACAAGGUAUGGAUUCUCACGUAUUCCACGAGACAAAGAGAACAAGGACACUGAGAAUGGUUACAAAGACACUGGUGAUACAAAGGUCAAGGUCAGAGACUCCAGUCCAUCUGGUCUGAGUUUAAAACUUGACCGGUCAAUAUCAACUCCGGACGAUGGACAACCAGACAGUCCUGCACGUCUUAGACUCCAGGAAAGGAUGCGGCGGCGAGUUUCUGAAUCAGACGCUUCACGAGCUAUUGAGGCAUUAUCCUCCAUUUUCAUUGAUGUGGAUAGAAAUUUCGAAUCUACAAUGGAGGUGGAGGCAGUGGUAGUAAAUCUGCAAGACCAGCUGAAACUGAGCACAGACUUCUCAGAGAGGAGGAAGAUACGAGCUGGGAUACGGAGGCUGAGAGAGAAAAAACAAGCAUUAGAGAGCUGUGACAGCGCUGGUGACAAAACUCCUGUCAUCUCUCAGGUCGAACAGGAGAUUUCAUUUGUAAGGGAGACAAUUCCAUUGGCUAAGGUUGAUCAGGAUUUGUCCCCCCUGAAUGGAUACUCGGACAUAGAAAGCAUUUCAGAACUACGACGACUGUUGACAGAGGAAACUGACUACGAUGAAAAAAGGAAGAUCCGUCUGGCUCUCCGACAUCUCCGACAAAGAGAACGUGAUCGCGAGAGUGGUGACCAGCCAGUUAAUGGUAGGAAUCUGACCAGGGGCCACAGCUUUGUUGACCGACGACAAAAAAAAUUUGUACAGGAUUCCAACACCAGUCUAUCAUCAUCACCACAGUCAAAAGUAGGACUUAGUUCAAACAUUCCAGAGAAUGAGAUCAGUCAACAAAACGGUGAAGUGGUCCUGAACGGACAUGGUGACCAGUCACAUGAUCACACUUCUGUGAGAAACCAGAGGCGGUAUAGUGACUUAAGUGGAAACUCCCUCAAAAACAGUCACAGAAGGUCAAGCGAUGCCAGUAAAACUGACGAGCAUAAUUUAGUGUUAAGAAAAGACAAACCCCAAUAUCUUUCCUCGCCAACUGUAUGUAGAGAUGCAGGUUCCCCAGUUCUGAAAUCUUCAGAAAAAGAAGGGGAGAAUAAGUCUUCAUAUCAUUCCUCGUUAUCAAUCGUACAUUUGCGAUCGAACAGAACAUUUUCUCCUCCGCCAAAGGUGUCACCUUCAUCAGAUAAAGAUACCACAUCCUCUUCAUCGCCAAAGUCACCUGCGACACCCUCUUCACCACAAACAUCACCUACAACACACUCUUUAUUUAAGUUGUCACCUACGACAACUGCUCCCUCACAGUCUUCCCCUGCUUCAUCUUCAUCGCCAUCACCAGAUUCACGAAAUGUCAAGGACAUCCGUAUCCCUAGUGACAAGUCAUUAGACACGUGCCAAACACCUAGCUCACCUUCAGCUGGGGAAGAGAGUCCCAAGUAUCAACGACGAUUCUCUUUGUCCGCCAUCACUCCUAAAAAAGACAAUGUGAAAGGCAAAGGGGAGAUUAAACCAGAAAGUGACUUUGAAGCUUCGGGAAAGUCUUGGAUUGAGAAAAAGAAACGGUCGUGUUCACUUCCAGGGAAUAGCAAGGCUCUCGACUCUUCAGACAUGGAGGCUGCAUUCUCAGAACUACUUAGUGCAGUUGAAGAACCACAAAGUAGUGUCAACACUUCUAAUGACCUUGACCUCGUGGUUGAAGACACGAAAGUGGAUAUUAAUGAAAAUGAGACAAUUGAAGAAGAGAUAAUAAAGAAAACUGUUAAAGACACCAAGAGUUCUCCCCCUUCUGACAAAGAAAACAAUGACAAUAAACUGGUAACUACGCCACAGAAAGGAUUAGAAAAAUCACAACUCUUCUUGGAUGUGAAUAGUACACCAGAAAACAACAGUGCAAUAUCAAUAAUAGAGGACGACGAUGGUGCCGUAUCUGUGUCAAGUACAUCCCAGAAAAACGUGGGUGAUACCACUAUCACGCAGAAAAUGAAACUUCGUAGGUCGGAGAGCAAUACUGAGGAAGAGGAACGAGACACGAUCAUUGAAACCAAGAUAACCUCUCCCGGUGGUACGUAUCACUACGAAAAAGAUGUGACCAAGUCGAAGCGUAAGAUCACACAGCGAGGUUCCGAUUACUUUUCUCGGAGUAAAUAUGUGGUGAGAAAGAAAAGAGACGAUUCAGGGGAGGAAAUUGAAGAACAUGAUAUUUCUCUGGAGACAGAUAAUUUUUCCGUUACCAAAGGGGAAUCGUGGGGGGAUAAAGCUGAGGCCAAGGUGGAAAUGACGAAACCGAUGGACACAUUACUCCCGCUGAAACAAACAUCAAAGGAGCUUAACGGUGAUAAGACCGGGCGUAUGAAUGUGUCCAAAACAAGCAGUGGGUACGGCAGUGUUUCUGGGUCGGACGAGGAGGAACGGGAGGAGACGAUUAUCAUCUACGGACACCAGGGGAAACCAUCAGAUUACCGACGCUGUUCCAGCUCCGGAAUAUUCAGUAUCCUGCCUUCCAGCAAUCAUGACUGCUUUGAAAAUGUCCCUUGCUUAGCCCCAUGUCACAUGUCUGAAUGUCCUGAAGCUGAUUGGAGGAUUAGUUCUCCGGAGAUUCGUAUCACAUUGAAGGAGGUUCUGGCACUAGAGGGCAGCACCACUAUGUUGGAGUGUGCUGUGAUGUGUUCCCCUGCCCCCACUGUUUCCUGGUCGAAGGAUAAUAAAGCCCUCGGUUCGUCUGUGCGCUACGACACCAAGUUUGAUGGCCCAUCAGGAAAGGCAACUCUCACCAUCAAAAGUUCGGGGAUGAAUGACAUGGGUGAAUACAAAUGUAACUUCCGGAAUCCUCUCGGAGAGGCAGAAACAACUUCCAAACUCAUCAUCAAAAAAAAAGCCACGAGAAAGCCAGAAUUCAAAAAGAAGCUGAAGGAGCAGUCUGUGACCGAAGGUCAGUCAGUAGAACUGGAAUGUGUUGUGAAGGAGGCAUCCACGGUGUCAUGGUACAAGGAUGGAAUCAUACAGCGUAACUCAGCCGACUUUAAACAGACCUUCGAUGGUGUCACAGCAAAGCUGGAAAUAUCUGAAAUAUUUCUUGAUGACAAGGGAGAAUAUGCAUGUGUGGCCAAAAAUGACCUGGGGGAGACUAAGACAGUGUGUAAAAUAAAUGUGAAAGAAACUGCUAGUGAUUCAAACGUUGCACCCAUAUUCCUGACAAAGCCAGGCAGUAAGAUCCUCAAUGGUGGCGACACUCUACUGCUGGACUGUGAUGUCAUCGGUACACCCAAACCCAGCAUUACCUGGACACGGGAUGGUAACCAGCUGACCAGCGGCCGGGGGUGCAAGGAGACAUAUGAUGGCCGUGUGGCUACACUCAGGAUUUCGGAUGCCAGCAAGGAUGAUAGCGGCAAAUACGAAUGUACGGCAGAGAAUGCAGAGGGCAAGGUCACCGUGGAUGCUCUCAUUGUUGUGAAAGCAAAACAAGGUCCCCCAGUCAUUCUUCACCAAUUGUCUGACAUCAGUGUGGUCCUGGGCAAGUCCGUCACCCUCCAGUGUGAUGUAAGAGGAAGUCCUGUCCCCAUGAUCAUGUGGAGGAAAGAUGGCCAAGUCAUAGGAAACAUGCCCGACUUCCAUCAGACCUACGAUAGCAAUGUCGCUCGACUCACCAUCAAGGAAAUAUUUGAACAGGACAAUGGACGCUACGAUUGUGUGGCUAGAAACUCUUUUGGAUCUGUGACUUCAACAUGCAAGUUAACAGUUACAGAUGAAGAAAGUGCCAAAACCAAGAUGUCACCAAAGCUUGGAGCGCGUAAUAAAACACCACAGAAGACCGACUGGAUUGUUGGUAGAGAUAAAGGUCAAACAGUCGCGCCAUCCUUGACCAAAGUCAAGGACACAGGGGUCAAGAGAAGCGAGAGUAUGAAAAUAACAUCAGACUCAAGUGUGCGUGAUCGUUUCUUGAAAAAAAUGGAUGACAAGAAUUCUAAAUCUACCUCAGAGAAAGAAGAGUUCAGCAAAGUUUUAAAUGGUUUAGGAAAGAGUAGUAAGGUCACUGAUGAUUCCAAAGACAACCCGUUUAAGUCUCUAAACAUGAAAGACAAAGAGCAAAAGCAUGUGUCACCAUUUAGAGAUUUAGACAAAAGUAAGGACAAACCAAAGGUGGAUAAUGACCCGCCAUGGAAAAAUGUUUCGUUACGUCGGACAGAAAGUGCGCGUGUUCCAACAAAACCUGUUUUUUCACGAGAAAAAGCUGAAGAAAAACAAGUAGCUCAAUCUGAUAAAUCAACGCAACAAACAACCCAAACUUCUACAGGUGCUAUAAGUGACACAAAAUCUUCCAUUAGGAAUCUAGACAAAACAGACUCCAUCUCAAAAGUUUUACCUCAAAAAGAUAAUCCUCCACGACCUACGAUAACACUACGCAGGUCAGAGAGUGCACGUGCUGGCCAGCCUCUUUUCCAGAAAAAAGAUUUCUUGGCUCGGGCGAUUGAUCUGGCUAUGGAGAAAUCCAAACAGCAAGAAAUUAACAAUAACCGCUAUCAGAUAAUUGAAGAAUCGCCACCAUCCAAAUCCUCUUCAUCUUCAUUACCGUCAUCAGAAAAGGAGCAGGAGAAGAAAUCAGUGAAAACCGACUCAUCCCCAAAUGGUGCUUCAGAAGGAAAAACAGGUUCAACAAAACUUGGAAGGACGCAGAGUGCGAGACUUCUGUUUGAGAAUAAGUGUAAUUCCCCGGAUGUAAAACCAGAGACACCACUGGCAAGUUUUCUGGCUCGCCGAGACAAUGGUGUGAGACGAACGUCCAGUCUCAAGGUUACACCUGCAGAAAAAGAGGCGGGAUUGUUCAGAAACAGAUCCAAUCAGAAUGGCCUUGAUUCCUCUCCAUUGGCUAAGGGAGACAACACCACCAUGCCUUCCUACGAAACAAUUGACGACGAGGAUGAGUUACACAAAAUGCUCUCCAAAACAGAGAACUUUGAGGAGAGGAAAAAAAUCCGUACCAGGAUGAGAGAGCUGCGAGAAAUCCAAAGCAAGGAAAUUGAAGAACGUAGAGUCCAGCGUGAGAAAGACAAUGAGGACAUUAUUAAACGUAGACAUGAACAGGCCGACAAACAGAAGGCUAAAACAUUGGCUGACUUUGACAAGAUGGCAAAGACAUCAUCGCAACAACACAACAAGACGCUACAGGCAUCAGAGGAGAGUUUGAAGGAGAAGAUACGGCGUGCUGACGAAGACAAAGCCAGGACACUUGCCGUGUAUGACGACCUUGCGAAAAAGGGGGUAACACACACAACAACAACCAACAAAACAGAGGCAGUUCCAGGGGGAACAAGAACAACAGUUAUUAAAAAAACAGAAACAACUGCAGGGUUCGGAGGUGUUGGUUAUGGUGCUAAACCCACGGCAGAACAAGCUGCCAAAUUUUUGACAGAACAACUUAAAAACGCUUCUUGCAUCGGAACUGAGGGUAAAAUAUCGGUGAAAACCGAGAGCUGGAGCAGUCGAGACGGAGUCACACACACGUCCCAGAAAUCUGAAGCUUGGGGAGCAAAACCCGGAGCUGGUGGUGCAAUGGCUGCAUUUAAAAAAAUGGAUUCUGCUGCAGCUCCCCCUGGUGGUAGCCGUCCAAACUUCAUGGCGGCUCAAGGUCGCGGGGGAGGUGGCGGAAGCAAGGUCACACGUAGUCCCAGUGCCAUCAAAACUAUGUUGUUGGAGUGGUGCAAGUCUAAAAUCAACCACUACGAGGGAAUUGAGGUGACCAAUUUCUCGAGCAGUUGGAACAAUGGAAUGGCUUUUUGUGCUCUGAUCCACAACUUCUACCCAGAUGCAUUCGAUAUCACCAAACUCAACCCCAAAAAUAGACGGGCCAACUUCAACUUGGCAUUCGACACUGCAGAGAAUUUGGCAGAUAUUGCACCCCUUCUGGAUGUGGAGGACAUGGUACGCAUGAAGAACCCAGACUGGAAGUGUGUGUUUACCUACGUACAAAGCUUCUACCGCAAACUCCACAAUCACGAGGCCAACAAGGUCAAACAGUCAUCGGAACAGUAAUCUCUAUCCUACGGAACAAUCCAUCUCCAACAGGAAUCUACUCUACACUACAGCGGGCUCCAUCUUGGUUUCAAAUUUUAAAAAUGGAGAAUACAAUCUGUUUACAUGGAACUAUAGGCAUGAUAAUCUCUAAGGAACUGAUGGAGUAUUUUGGUCGUUAAAGUGAUGACUUAGACCUGUGAAACGCUUAAAUUGGUUACUAUUCUCGUAACAAGAUGACGUUUAAGCUCGUAGUGUGAUCUUUGUGUGUCAAAGUUCACAGUCAGUGGUUGUAAUCAGUAGCGUGUGAGAACGACUGGAAUGAAGGCUUAUUUAUAAUACUCAAAGGUAGAUGUAGUGUUUACGUAUACAGCCUCACAAAAGCAAUCACUGUUUUAUUUAGUGUCAAUCUUCUACUGACAAUAGUACUCUUAUAUAUAUAGAUAGAUUUUGAUGAAAUAGUAAUUGUAUUGGAACUCUUUCUUGUCUGAGGGUAAGAAAUUGGAUGAUUUUGUUGGAAUUUUCAAAAAAAGAUCAUUGUUAUUAAAUAUUUUGAGAAUUCUUUUUAAAAUCUGUUGUAAUUUAAGUAAGUUGAAAUUAGGUGAAAAUUUGGGUUUGAAUAUUAGUACUUGACGGAGACAAAAAAAAAGAGUUGGAAAUAGGAUAUAUCCAGUUAUAAAUAGAAUUCAAUGUUACUUAUCAACUGUGCCAAAAUAUACUCUCAUAUCGUUGUGAGUCACAUAAUUUUAGAAACUUCAUUUUUUAACAUUGUUGAAGUAUGCAUACUUUGUUAUCACUAAUCUGCCAUCUUGGAUUGAAUCUUUGUUUUUUACUUUAGUAUGUAGUACAGUCAACCAUAAUAGCCUCAUGUUGGGCAAUGGUUUGUAUAGUAGAUUUUACAACUUUUAUCAACAUAUAUUUCAUAAACAACUGUAUGUACUAUAUGCAUUAUUUACUACUCAAAUACUUUCAAGAUAAUAAUGAAGAUAACAUGAUAUUGAUUUGUUUUAAAAUUUCAUCAAUUUGAUCUAAGUACAGGUCAAGGUCAUGCAAAUUAAUGAUUACCAUAUGCUUGGUUCCUAGCAAUACAAUGGUAUAUUAACAUGUAGGUUGUUCUCCACACAAGACGCUUAUUGUAUGUUUCCUGUGUGAGCUACCUAGGAAAACUGUAUAGGUACUAUUUGCUAGCUUACUGACAUUUUUGAUCACAAAUAAUUGGACAUUCAUGUCCCUUCGACCCUUCAUGUCCAUGUAUGCCAGACCCGUGUCUGACCAUAGACGGAGUCUUACACUGUGGCAUUGGGGAGUGAGGGUACAACAAAAACAUUCUCAUAAUAUACAUAGCUUAUUUUUAUAAAAUACAAUACUGGGUUGAAUGGUCAUGUAUGACAAGGUCUAGGUCACAAAUGCAAUGUUAAAGGUCACGACCUUAGAGUGAGAAGAGAACCCCUGUUUAGUCCCCAAAUAACAUUCUCAUCUCCGUCCAGUACCUUUUUCUAUGCAAUACCCUGUUUUGUAGAUCUACUGUGAGCUACAGAAGAAAAGUGAUAAUUUUUUAAGUUUAAGAAUGAAAGAAAAUCUUUCCAACUAGGCCCUUGACUUUGGGUAGAAGUGUCCAGCUAGGCUCUUGACCUCGGGUAUAGGUGUCCAGCUAGGCCCUUGACCUCAGGUAGAAGUGUCCAGCUAGGCCCUUGACCUCGGGUAUAGGUGUCCAGCUAGGCCCUUGACCUUGGGUAGAAGUGUCCAGCUAGGCAAGAUAGGCCCUUGACCUCAGGUAGAGGUGUCCAGCUAGGCCCUUGACCUUGGAAAGGAGUUUCCAGCUAGACCUUUGACCUUUGGUAGGUAUGCUCGCCUCAAUAUGAGGUGUAUUUGAUUAAGACUUUUUAAGGGAUAUAUGUGAUUCAAAGGAAAGAGAUUGAGUCAUGUUUGGUAAUCUCCUGUCUUACAGUAUUCUGAUCACACUUAAAAGUGUUCAUUGUGUUCCAUACACAAUAUUUUUCGUAAUCAAGUACACUCCCAGUGUGAAUAUCAACCCCUACAAACCACAAUAGAUCAAUCAGUCCAUGGGAAGAUCUAUUGAGGAUAUACAGGGGUGUUGGGUCAGUCUAACCCUGUUUUCCAAUGAAUCCUUUGAUAGGUUUAAAACAUAAGGUUUGAGAGUUGUACAUGAAGUGUUAGCUAUAUAUAGAUAUAUAUUGUGUAAGUUAUAGCGCUAGGUGAUGUAUAUAUAUAUAGAUCUCUGCAGCAGAGCUUGUGUGUUAACGUUAAUGUGUGUUAAAAGAAAACUUUAUUUUAAAUGCAGUAUAUGAGUGUUAUGCUAUUUUAUCAUCAGCUGUUGUGAUUCAACUUUACAUAAUUUGUUUAUUUAUGUUCAGUGUUUUAUAAAGUACAUGAUCUGAAUAUUAAGCAAAUAAUAGUCUUGUAGAUUUUCAAUGUUUUUUUCCCUUUUUAAUCAAUACAGUUACCAUUAUAUGAAUUUAAUGUAAACAUUUACCUGAAAUUUUACCUGUUUUUGACCAAAUAUUUUAUGUGGUACAAGUCAAUUUAUAACUCAAAACAGAUGUAACUAUUGGUCACAUGUAUGGUGCUUCAGCCUCUGUUUGUGUCGCCGACGAGAGACUGGUGGUGACUGUUCAGUCUUGGCGUUGUGUGAAUCGCCCUAAAACAGCAAUGUGUUCAGUCCGGGCGUCGUGUAGAAGUGCCAGUUACUCCUCGUACGCUGUACUCACUUUCAGGGACAUGUUAGUCGUUUAUAACAGUCUGUCUAGAAACUUAAACAUACCUGUAACUCGUUUAUCAGUUGUUUUACACAUGUUUUAUAGGAGUUUGACAUGUUUAACAAGUGUUUUACAUAUGUACAUGUUUUACACAAAGUUCACAGACAUUUUACAUGUGUUUCUCAUGUUUUUACACACAUGUUUUUCAUAUGUUUAACAAGUGUUUUAUGUGUUUAACAAGUGUUUUAUGAGUUUAACAAGUGUUUUAUGAGUUCAUCAGGUGUUUUACACAUGAUAAGCAGGUGUUUCAUGCAUUUUUUAUGCAUGCUUAACACAUGUUGGCCAUUUUGUAUUAUUUCACAUUAAGCCACAUGUUGUGUAUUAUAUGAUGUUACUUUGUGACGCUCAGCUGUGUAACAUUCUCUUACCAUACAUCCCAAUCUGUUGCCAAAAAUGUGCAGCUUCAUACAGACGUUUUUUGUUUCUGGAAACAACAUGUCCAGAGUAUCAAUGAAGUGAACUGUGGUCACUGACUGGUACGUAGUGUACGUAAACACACUUUCAUAUUUCUAUGCAAUAUUCUAUGAUACUAUGUAUGAACUACACCGGACUCUGAUAUAAUAUUCUGUGACCUUUUCUUCCACAUAAAAACAGUAAAAACUUCUUUGCAAUACAUGUAGUGUGAUAUCAACCUUACUUUCCACUUUGUUUAUAUACAAAUUCUUAAAACAAAAACAUAAAUUUUCAAUCAUCAGAAAUUUAUUGGUCGGUUCUGAGAAGCUGAGAUGUAGCGACGACUUCACUAUAGAUAUGAUAAAACCACUGCAAUAUUUCCCCUGUAAAACCUCUACUGAUAUUAACAAUAUUGAGUUUCAACUCCUUCCUCGUUUCCCCAAUACUGUGUAUUGUGACAGCAAUGUAGAGUUGUGACCUCUCGUACCCAGCAUCCUCACUUGCCAUCUUUUAUUUCUCCUCCAAUGUAUUGCAUUAUUAUUUGUAAGAUGUUGUAGAUUUUGUGAUAAUUUGCUUUAAAUUUAUUGAACAUUUAUUGAAGAAGAAUUAAAUAAAAAUGAUAAAACAAUAACAAA